UAGACUGGUAUAUGAUAGGUACACGAAAAACCACUUACCACUAUAUGUGUAUGUAUGUAUUCAUGUGUGCCAAAAAUAACCAAAAACUGCGGCACUGCACUGCGUCUGCGAGCAUCAGGAGUUGCAAUGUUUGCAUUUCUUCGAAGUAUAAAUAAAGAACGUUUUUAUACUUGAUCAAGGUUGCAUUAGUUCUAAAGGUUUCAGACCGAGCGACGGCGACGGUGUCGCAGAUGCAUUGCGAUGCAAGGCACUAAAAUUGAUUUUCUGAUAUCUCUUAUGGAGUAGACAGAACCAACAAUCUUGAAAAUACUGAAUGGCCAUAUUCAUUUGCAUAGCUUUCAUAAUGAUGUCAUGAAAGCUUCAUCCAUAUCUAUCAAUUAUAUCUGUAAGUUUUGUUCCAAUCUUUUUUUAACGAACUUCGCGUUCAAUUUAUGUAUGAGUAACUACUAUUAUGGUAUAUCUGAUUCUCGUUCCAAAUAAUCAGAGAAGUAGCUGGCACACACUGUUUUCCCUUGCUACCAGGCUAGCAUGGGACCUUGUACUAGAUGAUGGGCGCUUAUUCUCAAUGUCGCCUUUUAUGACAUACCAGCUAUACCUAGGUGAAACCACUUCAAAACAAUCUGGUUUCAAUCUGAAAGGCAAGUUAAUAGGUGUGUUAAUGAAUUCAUCAUAAUGAAAGUUGACCAGAGUGAUACGAUAGACAGUCGAUUUGGUGGUUGCAGGAAGACAUCGGUAUCACUCGAUGGUCUGCCAGGGAUAGGAGUAUAAACCCAGAAGCUGAGAUGGGGAGUUCACUGGUUCGUCAGUCGCCCGCAUGCCAACACUGCCACAAAUUCGAAAAAAUCAUAUGUUACAAAGAACAAAAUGAAUUAGGUUGGUGCAUUUUUGUUUUCAGAAGUUCAAGCAUUUAUAAACAAUACAAGCUAUUGCGCGUUGUGUCGCUUUCAUGGGAAUUUUAAGAAAGAAAUAUUAUGAUAUUCUAUCUGUGUAGCAAAUUUUAUCAAAAUCGGUUCACUAGUGUUUGCGUUUCCUCGUCACAAACGUACAAAAAUACAAAUCUUUCCGCUUAAUUAUAGUGUGGAUUGGUAGCGCAAAGUUAAUAUACAUUAUAAAAGGUCAAAGUAUUUGUACAGCAAUGUAAUAUUAACUUGGUUCAUAAAACCCUAUCUUGUAUUGUUUACUACUAGAGAUAAAGAGUUCAUGUUUAUUUCAUUUCUUGCUUUGUAUUCGAAUUGUUCGAUUCGUCGUAAUCGAAUUUCAAAAUGUUCUCUUUGACCAUUUUAUUUAUUUGUGUAAUUGUCCAAUUAAUUGCUCCCUCUAGUUCUAAUGGUAAUUUGAACGACGUUCUAUUUGGAGGUUCGUACGAGUUUAAAGAUUUAACCCAUCCUUUUGAUAACGACACAGUCUAUUGGCCAACCGCUAUGAAAUUCCGAUUUACUAGAAAAAUUGAAGUGGGUAAUGGAAAACCUUCUUGGUAUGCUUCAAACGACUUCGCGGCUGGUGAACAUGGGGGCACGCACUUAGAUGCGCCUUAUCAUUUUUACAAAACCGGCUUGCGUGUUGGCGAAAUACCCUUGGAAAAACUGAUCGUUACGUUGAUCAUCGUAGACGUCAGCUCUAUAGUAAACGAAGAUCCUAAUUUUGUUUUACGAAAACAUCACUUGGACAAUGUUUUGUAUUAUGACAUAAACAAGCCCUCCAUACUUGUUUUCAAAUUUGGUUGGAGUAAAUAUUUCAAUGAUAGGAAGAAAUACUUGGGUUUGAACGACUACAAUGACAGUCUCAGCUUUCCUAGCUUGAGUGCAGAAGUAGCAGAAUGGAUAACAACUUCAUAUAAAACAGUAGUUGGUAUCGGUGUGGAUGUAGCUUCAGUGGACCCCGGCUCUAGCGACACCUUCCCGGUACAUAAAAUAACGUCAAAGGCUGGUCUUUACAACCUGGAAAAUGUCAACUUAAGCGAACGUGUUCCUGAAACUGGAUGCACCGCUCUGGUGAUGCCAAUGAAAAUAGCUAUGGGUACGGGAGCGCCACUUCGUUUAGUGGCUUUAUGUCCAAAACAAACACCAACUAGCUUUUGACGUCUUUAUUAUAUGUUUAUUAUAUAACAACAAAUAAAACUAAAGGAACCACAAAUAAGAAAAACCUUAACUAAUAAAAAUGUGGAAAAAAAUAAAUGUC